AUGCACUAACAUGCAAAAGGUAACAAAUAAAUUCUAGAUUAGUUUGAAAGACAUUCUAAGAAUUUUUUUAGAUUUAACCUAUGAAACGCAUUUAGAUUGGUUUAAAUUUUCUAAAUAAAUCUUUGUAUCAAUAAUAUUAAAGAAAGUUUGACUCAAAUUUUUCAUUUGUAUUCAAUCAUUUAUUGAUAACAAAAUAAAAUAAAAAUAUGUUAGGAAAAUCAUUUCAAUUAAAAAAUUUAGUCAAAUCAUUCAAUGGAAUAAAACCUUCUUAUAUAUAUACUUCUUAACAUGUAGAAUACUAAUCAUAUUUGAUCUCGUGUAUUUUUAUCUCCGCCUAUUUAAACACACGUAACUUAUCAAAACAAAACAAUAACCGGGCUUCCAUAAACAAUACAGGUCCUCUGCUAAGCUCAUAUGACACAAACCCGACAAAAGAAACAUGAAGUUCUCUGCAACAACAAUGGAGAUUGCUCUAUGUCUUCUUCUACUAAUAUCCGUUCAAACAAUCGCAGAACCGUCCACAGACAAAACGGGUAAAAUUCCACCCCCACCAGUUCCAUCGUCUCCUACACAAAACCCUCCUCCUCCAAGCCCACCCACUAACAACGAGAACACCAUGUUUAUGCCUGAAACAAUUUCUCAUAUGAGAUCACUACGCUAUCUUCCCCUGAACUAGAGACAUAAGCUGGAAAGACAAAAUAUGUUAUUAAGAUCUAUCAGUGUGUACUUCUCUUAUGUUCUUAUAUGAAUGCAAUAAAGAACUUUAUCAUAGAUAUAUGAAAAUAAUAUUUUCU